AUGAAAUACUUAGCUGCUUACUUAUUAUUGGUUCAAGGUGGUAACGCUGCCCCAUCCGCCGCUGACAUCAAGGCCGUCGUCGAAUCUGUCGGUGCUGAAGUCGAUGAUGCCAGAAUCAACGAAUUGUUGUCCUCUUUGGAAGGUAAGGGUUCUUUGGAAGAGCUUAUUGCCGAAGGUCAAAAGAAGUUCGCUUCUGUUCCAGUUGGUGGUGCUUCUGCUGCCGGUGCUGCCGGUGCUUCUGCUGCUGCUGCCGGUGGUGACGCUGCUGAAGAAGAAAAGGAAGAAGAAGCUAAGGAAGAAUCUGAUGAUGACAUGGGUUUCGGUUUAUUCGAUUAA